GGCCCCUGAUCCACUGUUCUUUCACUGGUCCCGCUUUCUGGGUCAGACCUUUCUGGCUGUAAACUGAAAUCUUGGACUUGGGCUGUAAAAUUGAAGCCACGUCUUCAACCUCUGUGCUAAAUGUCUCCUACAGCGAGGGAGAGGAAGUGAGGAAGAAAGUAGGACGCUGCUAUCUGGCCCCAUUUUUACCAACCACCAGGCACCAGGCAGGGAAACGAAAAGAAAGUGUGGUGAAGAGCAGGACAGCAGUGGAGCGAAAAGACCCUGGAAGAAGGGGAGUGAAGGUCAGCGCCCUCCUCUGGGACUUCUCUUUUAAAAGAAAAACCUCUACGUUCGGCACGACAUGUUUGAGGAGCAGGCGACGAAGGUGAAGAUCACCUCGGUGGUGAUCGUGGUGGGCAUGUGUGCCAUGCUGGCGGCGGUGGUGACGGACCACUGGGCAGUGCUCAGCCCUCGGGUGGAGAGGCUCAACGCCACCUGCGAGGCGGCCCACUUUGGCCUCUGGAGGCUCUGCAAGAAGACCAUCUUCAUCGUGGAGGAGGAUCCUCAGGGCAAAGGUUGUGGGCCGAUCAGUUUACCUGGAGCGAAAAACUGCUCGUACUUCAAACACUUCACAUCAGGAGAAGAGGCCGAAGUUUUUGAAGUGAAGACACAGAAAGAAUACAACAUCUCAGCGGCAGCCAUCGCCAUUUUCAGUCUGUUCUUCAUGAUCCUGGGGACUCUGUCUGUCAUCUUCUCCUUCGGGAAGGGCCGAGACUAUCUGCUCCGGCCGGCUGGGAUGUUCUUCGCCUUCGCAGGGCUUUGCAUCAUCAUCUCGGUGGAAGUGAUGCGUCAGUCUGUCAAGCGCAUGAUCGACAGCGACGAGACCAUCUGGAUCGAGUACUACUACUCAUGGUCCUUCACCUGUGCCUGCGCCUCCUUCACCCUUCUGAUCCUCAGUGGCGUCGCCCUACUCCUCAUCUCCAUGCCUCAUAUGCCGCGCAACCCUUGGGAGACCUGCAUGGACGCUGAGCCCGACACCCUGGAUUAGAGAGUAACCUUGGCGCUUAUCACCUCCAAAUCUCAGCAUAACACUGUACACGGUCAAGACUGACAGCUCCAUAUCACUCACCAGUUACUAUAUUUUUACACAAGAGAUUGAAGAGGUUUUGAUUCACACGAGCACACAGUAAGCAUUCAAUCCGAAGUUUUGGAGCAUUGUAAACUUUUAUAUUAGAUUUUUUGAUGUAGUAAACUUUACAUUACAACAAGCAAGAGAAGUGAAAUAUAAGUUAGCUAGCUGUCCACGCUAAAUAGUGCAGACGCAAAGACUGAUGCAGAAGAGAACGGAAGACUUGUAUGAUUUUUGCUCAAACAAAACAAAACACACAACAGAAGUACAUUGAUUUCAUGCUGUAGGUACAAUGUAAACGUGUGCACCUCCGAAGCUCCAUGAAAAACGCAGUCAAGAGACAGAAAAACGCAACAAGCAUUUCCGAGAACUGAAAAAUGCCAAUCAAAAACUCAAACUGGCACCUUUGUGACAUUUUGUCAAGAAGUUCUUCACGUAUCUGAGCAAAUAUAAGCUUCAACUGAAGUUUUCCUUCAGAAGAUCUCACCAAAAUAAAAUAAAUAUGUAAAGUUCAACUUAUUCUUGUGAAGGUUAAGGCUGACAACAAAAGGUGACUUUUUUACUCAAGAAGUUAAGCUUGAUGUGGAAUAAGAGUUAAAGUCCUAUUAAAAUCAUAUUUAGUUGUUAGCUGCCAUCUACAUUUCUUCAUUUCUGUCCUUUUAUUUCAUUUUUGGGCUCCACUGAUGCUCAUACUGUGAAUGUUCAAUGGCCUGUUGCUUGGGCUUCCAACUGAGACGAUUCAUCUCCAUCUCCCCAUCAUUGCUCGACCAAACAGUGCCAAACCUGGAUUAGAAACCCUUUUUUUCUGCUGCUAAUCUCAUUCAAAUUGACUCUGAUUCCUUUGAUUCAGCUGAAGCAUUGGCCACUGACUGGAUCAGGCCUGGCCAACACGAGGCUCCCGAGACUCUUUCCCCAGUUUCAUGUGGCUCUUCACCAAAUGAGCCGCCGAGCUGGAUGAUAUUUUGGUCAAGUUGCUGUUGAGAUGAUCAUUUAUACAGAAUAUAAGACGAAAAUGUGAGAGCUAUUCCGGCGAAAUAUUGUUCAGACUUUAACUAUGAAACAUAACUUUGAAACAUAAACAAUAAACCUUGCCGCAGGUGCUCUGGUAAAAAGUAUCAAUAUUAAAAAUACAUGCACAAGAGAUAUAUGCCGGACAUGAACCAGCAACCUUGUGACACACAGGGAUGUGCUUUAACCGCUAUACUGCCGCUACGUCACAUGACCAGCUGUUCAGGUGAGCCUGACAGCCUGACAUGUUUGUAGCAUGUGGCUGUGUGCAGAAACACAGUGAAAUAAUGUGGCUCUGAGCCUGUGAAUGGUUGGCCACCCCUGGACUAGAUAAACACCUGAAGGUGAACGUAGUAACAGCAGCUGCUUCUCUGUGUAGCUUCACUAGCAGCAACACAUUUGCUCAUAUAAAAAACAGGAAGUGGUUUUGAAUGUCUAGCUUUACAUUAUCUCAAUUUUAAACUUGCCUGCUGUGGUUUGCAGUGACAGUGAAGGGAAAUUAAAUUCUCCAGAUUCAUAGAUAUUUCACCACAACGCUGCUAAAAAUUAUAUUAAUUUCAUGUCGACUGAGUGAUUUUUUUUUUAAGCCAGUUGUUUGAUUACGAUGCAAAUGUCAAACUCAAUAUGACAUGAUCAUGUUUUCAAAUUAUAUAAAGAAUUAUGUUAAUAAGACCUUUAUACUUGGAAAAAUGUUUUUCUUAUGCCUGGCUCAAAUGUGUCGCUUCUUCUUUUAUGAAUUUUAAGUCUGAAUAUCAUUUGGCAAUUUGACAUUCACGUAUUUUUGCCAUGUUUAAUAGUUCACCGAACUGCUCUUAUCCUUUCUUUGGCUUGAUAUUGCUUCACAAAUAUCUGAAAUCAAUAGAUUUCUUUGAAACACAAUCAUUGAUGUAUGUGAAAGAAAAUUUCAAUUACAUGUAUUUGAUAAAAAAAUCUCUUUUCAAGUCUACAUUUCAAUCUCUGAAUGGCUUUGUGCCCCUCGGCCAGGAGAGCUCUCGAGCGGAAAAUGUAUCUGAAUGGAGCUACAAAUAAGAGCCAGUGCUCCGGAGACCUCACCUGCUGGUGGUCUGCAGACGGACGCAAUAUAAGCACGGAGCUUCCUUAAUCAUUUAUGAGACCUUUAGCUUGGAGCAAUAAGAGCAGAGAGGCUGAGCAAACACAGACACAGUCAUUGCUAUCUGUCCGGUCCUUUAACUCCUGGAUGACCUUUAUUGAUGUAUUUCUUUAAUCAUGUUUUACCUGUUGAGGACAGAGCCGCCGCCUGAAUAUCAAUCGCCGCUUGCAUCUAUAGCUUUUCAUAUGGCUGUCCCGCAUCAAUGUGUUUAUGAUGACGUGUCUGUGAAUGAAUAAAC